GGAACAUGCUAUAACAAUUUGGCGGUGAUAUAUAACGUCAGCUAGACAAAAUACGUCAAUUUGUAAAAUGGUAUUGCACGUGAGUCGCUGCGACGCUUGGCUCACUCACCCAAAAGCCUGAAAAGCGUUUUCUCGCUGUGUAUCGGCCAGCGAAAUGCCCGAGUGAGUAAGACAAGGACAGUGUGAUCGAUUGUUCGUCCUUGUCAAACUGACUUGACCCAACCUUACUGCUCUUGCGCUCGCGCGCACGGUGUUGGUUCGCGAUCUCGCCGCACGAAGCCUCCAAAGUCAACGCUGGAUUUGUCUCUGGCUCCUGUAGACCCUUAAGGUGUACUCUUGUUUUAUAUGAUACUUCUUUGUCAUGCUAAAAAUAUAUCGAUAAAGAGUCAAGGGAAUGUCUUGCAAUACUUGCCAAGCAAAAUUUUCAUUCUUCACAAAAAACAUUGGUUGUCCAAGCUGUGGCUUUUCUUACUGCAACAAGUGCCUCAAAUAUAAGUGUAAUGUUCCUAAUUUAGGAACAAAAAAGAUCUGUGGAUGUUGUUACAGUAAAUUAAACAAUAUGAAAAAAUCAAGUCCUGAAACUUCCAUGAGUGACACAUCACCACCUGAAGCAAGUGAAGAGCCACUUGCACCGAUUGAUAUCACUAGGAAGUUGGAUUCGUUAGAGAACCCAACUAGGCCUCCAGUAGUGAUAUAUAAGCACACAAAUCGCUGGGAUCAGUUUAAGAAAGGACUAGAACCAGCUGAUCAAGAAAUUGUUGAUCGAUUACAAAAACUGAAAAAUAAAGAACAAAACCUUCCAUUGCCUAGUGUUGAUGAAAUAAGAAGACGAUUGGCAUUGUUAAAAGAUCAAGAUCCAGAAGCUAAUGGGAAUAGUAAUGUCACAAAUAUACAUCAGGUAGAUACAAGAACUGACCAAGAGAAAACAGAUGAUUUGAUCCAGGAGUAUUUGGAUCAACUGGAGAUAUCCUCAACUGAUGACCCCUGCAAGGAGAUCCAAGAAAAACUGAAUUCCUUGCGGGACAAUGGUGAUAAGACAGAUGUUAAUGAAAGUAAGAGGGAAGAAAUUGACGAUGAUGAAGAGGCAGUGACAAAGAAGUUAAUUAACAAAGCUUUAUCUGAAGCAAUGUUAGAAGCUAAAUAUGAGAAGGAAGAAUUGGAAGAUGUAGAGGCAAUGGACUCUGAGGUUCCGCAUGAGGGCGAAGAUGAAGAUGAGAAACCUACAUGUGUGAUGUGUGAACAGACAGCAGAUCUUGUGCAUUGCAUGGGUUGCACCGGCGAUCUAUACUGUCCUGUAUGCUUCGAAGAUAAUCACGAUGAGUUCGAAAUGAAGAAGCACAAGGCGAUUCGUUAUCAACCAACAAAAAUGAAUCUCGAUGAUUAAAGCACCGAUCAAAAGUGGUAUAAAUGCGUGAUAUAAUGCGUGUAACGCUAAUUUUCUUAAAACUUUUAUCACUCAUGUAUUUCAAGCUGCAUCUAUCCAAAACUAGAUAUGAGGAGAUAUUUUACAGGAAUUUUACAGAGACCUUAUAAGAAUUACGCAAACAAAACAUUGAUCGAGCAUUUCGUCCGCGGAAUGUAAUCAGAAAUUGAUGAGAAAUAAUUUGCCUUGGUCAACACUUUCCUACUCUGACUUGUGAUAGUGGCAUUUCAUGGCUGUGACGUGAGUAAGAGCAGUAUACCUGAUCAAAGUGAAUUGUUUUCAUCGUCAAUUUCCAGUUUCAUCCGCUGCCACGACGCAGGUAACAUGAAUGCUUGAUAUACAUAUGUUUGUUCUUUUCAAUAAAGCUUUUCAAUGCUUUCAAUAGUGGA